AUUACCUGGGAUCCUCCGAUUAGAUCUCGCAGGGCCUCAGGGAGUACAACACCUGCUAGAGACCUAUCUGAGCCUGUUGAUCCUACAGAAUCCAAGCCUAGAAAUACACCUACUGCUUCCAAUAUAAAAAAGGACAGCCCGGCCGAGAUGUCUUCCAGAGGAAGCCAACGCAGGGGCCCAAAUCGCAACAGCGAGAUCGGCGAACAUGGAGAGGAGUUAGGAAUGUGGAAGGAUGUUAAGGAAAAGGUCCCCGGCGUCGCUGAGACGUUCAACGAGAGUAGUCAAAAUGUCAUAGACAUUCGCAAUCAAGAAAAGCUCAUGGCAGAGAAAAAGGAUAACGGCACUCUCACGGCCGAGGAUCAUAAUGAACUUGACAGGCUCUGCCGUAAGGGAGUAAAGCUUAAUGAAUUGGCCAGCCAAAACAUCAUGGAAACGAUAGAAAAGCUCAAGGUAUUGCGUGCCGUGCAGAAGGCCAAGGAGGAUCAGCAGGAAGCAAACACUUCCCGAGCAGCUGCUCAGCGGGCCAAGGAAUCGGCAGCCGCUGCGUCCUCCUUAUACGACUUUGACGGAGCCGGCGACUCCCCUGUUCCAUCCCCCAACCCUGCUUUACCUCGUCGCAUGGGUGGCGGUAGCAAGGGUGACCGUGACUCGGUACCGCCUCGACUAGACCGCUCUACUCCGGCAGCUAAGGCGGGUAGUGCCGAGCCGCAGUCCGGAUCGGCAUCCAGUACUAGUCGGUCUAAGCAGACAUUUGCCAAGGACGACGAGGUAGCAUUCAAACCGAAGCCGCAGAAUAAUGAACAGACGGACUGGAUACUAGGCAUAGUCCAAGAUGUACGCGGUGAUGGGAAGUCAAGACGGUACAGGGUUCUCGAUGCCGAUGUCGACGAGAAUGGCCACCAGAAGGAUUUCCGCACCAGUGCCAGCAGCAUGAUCCUUAUACCCAAGGAGGGAACUAUCUUGCCACCCUUGGAAACAGGCAAGACGGUGUUGGCACUCUACCCAAAUACGACAACGUUCUACAAAGCCGAGGUUAUGGGUAUGGACGGCGAUGGAAAAGUUAACCUAAAAUUCGAGGGGGAGGAGAGCAGCAAUACGAUGCAAGCUGUCACCCGUCGACAUGUAGUGGAGUAUCGAGGUUGAAUGACACAAGUUUUGUUCGGCUAGUUGGAAUGUUAGACGGUCGGGACAAGCCAUGAUUUGAAGUUUUUGGCUUGAGUUGGCUAUAUGAGACCUAGAAGGUCCUGAGCUCUGUUUGAGAACAGCGCGUGGAGUACAAUUUUUAUUCCGAGAUCUACUCGACUAACGGUACAAUAAUUGCAGAAUUACCUAUCCUACACAAGGCACGGUUAUAACAUGCCGCUUAAUGGAAGAAAUAUCAUUAUUGCCUCCAAGAAAUGUUGGCAUUUUGUUGUUGCCCCUUUGCCUCUAGCAUUUGAUUUGAAAGGGAGGUAAAUAGAGAUUAUUGACCAAAAAAAUAUACUUGAAUGAUGCAUCAUUUCAUUUAUACAGACCUUCCAAUUGGAAAAUCCACGAUGCUUUACAUUCCCACUUUUCGACUCUACCCGGUAAUUAUGGAGGGAACCACC